UACUUGGCUCAACUUGUAGGGCAGUGAUAAAAGUCGUUGCUUGCGACGGUCCAUCUGUCGACAUACUCGCUUCUUAUUUGUUACUUUUCUAGACAGGUUAUCAUAACCCUUACGACAGAUGAGGUUAUCUGGUUGUUUUCUUUUUCCUUUAUUGUGAAUGUUCCGUCCAGAAAGACAGUGUUGUUGUAUGCUUUGCAUGUCAGUACCUGCUCCCCUUAACUGACGCGAAAGUUCCUUCCAUAUGCCGAGCACCAGAUUUAAGUCCGUGGUGUCUAAAACUCACUGACUCAACCGUCGCCGGACCACCUCUGCUGUGAGUCCGGAAAGCAGUGAACCCAAUGACGCAUUUUACAGCUGCUCUCAAACUGUUCCGUCAAACGGUAAGUAUUUUCAGAGCUCCUGAAGUUGGUGAAUUUGGUCGUGUCGGUGUGAUUCUCCCUCUCAUUGUAUUUCCUUUGUAGAAAUAAUUCGAUGGUCUCAUCUAUCGGCUCUUGAGGAAAUUAUGCGAGGCGUGGUCGUGUUUGAAGAAGAGUGGCCAAUUUAGCCCCUUUGAGAAUUGUUUUGAUAAACUGACUAUGAUGUCGAAGCAAUUGUGAGUAAAUCAUGGAAAACGGUGGGUCGAUAGAAGCCCCGGUUUUGACUCUGAAGCAUCUUAAACAUCAUACGUAAGAGGUAGCAAGCGCAAAUGUAAUGAACUACGUGAAAAUAUGCAUGGAAGUAUAUUAGGCACUUAUUAUGUUACAUCCUAUGCCACUUUAUAUGUAAUAUCACAUAAUAAGUCCUUAAAUUUUCAAAUACAUUUUAUUUGCAACCGGGUACACGUUAAUGCAGAUUAGGACAUUCAUUUGACUGCCUUUCCCCGGUGAAAAAAUGCAAUAUGAUAUUUGGUAAUUCCAGAUAUGAGAAAUUCCAAAUAAGAAAUAGCUCAGUACAGUCGGGAUGUGAAAUUUGUUGUAUGUGCCGUACUACCGGAUACCAUGUCCUAAGACGCAAAACCCCAAACAAAUCGAAAGUGGAUAGAUGAGAUUCACUUAAAGUAAAUAGUUCAAAGGCAACAAAAGUAUUUAGGAUUAUAUAUAAUCAAACACGAUUUGAAAAACGUGCAUCCGAGAAAUUUAAUUAGAAGGAUAGAACUCUUUGGGAAACAGCAAACUCAUUGUGUAAAUUUUUGAGACUGGUUCCUCAGCUCGUCUUCGGACUAUGGGAGUGCAAAAACAAUUAACUUCUAAACCGAAUCUGGCAAAGGCUGUAAUGAGUGGCUAAAGUUUGAGCCAGUGCGUGUUAGUUGCAAUUUGUCAUCUCCUCGAGAUUGGUUGAGCCACUUUGAAUUCGUAUGUCGCAUCUAGAUCGAUAUGCUGGUUGAUGCAUGCCUCAUCUGAGUGCAGUGCCUCCGGGAACUCGCGGCUUUUUCUUAUUGGGCAGGCGUCAACAAUGCUAGUGUUUUCGCAGGCAAAUUUGUGUCCAGUGUCCAGUGUAUGCAUGGCCACCUGGGAUAGAUGGUCGCGCCUCUGUACCGCUAACUGAUGCCCAUGUAUACGGGUUGAGACAGAUUUCCCAGUUUGGCCACAAUAGGCGGCAUCACAACUGGAACAUGGACUUUUGUAGACAACACCUUUUCUUUCGAGGCAGUCCACCCUGUCCUUAGAGUGUACAAGCUGAGCGCGUAAGGUAGUUGCCGGCUGGUGGGCUACGUGUAUCUGGUGUUUUUUUAGUUGUCUUUCGACUAGCUCAGAUACAUUUUUCUCGUAUGGGAGAGUUCGCCAAAUGGUCGAUUUUGGUGCCCGAGCGGCCGUAGCAUUGGAAACACCUUUACCUUUGAAUGUCUGAUGCGUCAUGCAAAAUCGUUAAAGAUAAAAUCAAAGCGGCCCAAACAAGAUCGUGGAUACGAGAAAUUGCAACCAACACGCAUUGGCUCAAACUUUAGCCACUCAUAGCAUCCUUUGCCAGACUCCGUCUAGAAGUUAAUUGUUUUUGCACUCCCAUAGUCUGAAGACGAGCUAGGGAACCAGUCACAAAAAUGCACAUAAUAAAGUUUACUGUUUUCCAAAUAAUUCCAUCCUUAUGGUAAUCAAACAUAGGGGAUAUUAAAAAGUAGACUGCAAGCGACGAGGAAAACAUAAACCUUAAGAAUUCAAAACAUAUGCGACACAAACACAUGAUGGCAAUAAGUAGUUGGUCUUUCCAAAAUACACUCAUGCGUUAAUGGCCUCACUGAUACAAAGAAGGUCGGACUGGCAGAUUUUGACUCUUACGGAAGAUAAAGUAAAACUGCAUUCUGUUUUUACUUCCACAUGAAGUCCUUUUUGCAAGUUAGCAGUCUCACUUAUCUAGGUAGAGCUCAUUUCUCUAAGUGGCUCGAAAUCGAUAAAAUUCACAGAAACAAUAAUCCGAUGAGGCUCCUCGAAAGUUGUAAUUAGCUAGAAGCUGCCAAUGGAAGUUAGAAAUCCAUGCAUGAAGACGUACUUUGGCCUCAAUAGUUACCUUAUUCUCCCGAGGGAGGUAGAGUCUGUUCUGGGUCGAAUGAAUCCUGAAGAAAAUCUGUUAACGUUUUGUAGCUACUCUUCUUGGCCGAUCGCACUCUGUUUGACUCCAAUGGAGCGGUUUAUUGGAAACAUUUACUUGGAGAGGAUUACCUGCCUUCCGACAGUUGGCUUAAAAAUGCACUGCAGAGGGAUACGAAGGACGAAACCGAAGCCCUUAUUUUCAUACACUCAUGAGCAACUGCAAAAAUUAUCUCGCAAAUCUGCAAGAAAAUACAGUGUGUGACCUAUCUCAUGAAAUGUUGGCUGAAAUUCUGAAAUGCGUUUUCGAUUAGGCAGGAUUACUUGGUCGCGGUUGUGAAACUGAUUAUUUUAAGGCAUACACUUAUAAUAUUUCGGACUUGGCAGGAUGUCGGCUUUUAAAUGCAUUCCUUUUCAAUCUCCUGUAGAAAGCGUACUCGGUGAGAAAUGACUACUUAAGUAGCAUGCAUUUUUCCCGUCGAUUUUCCAUGGUCUUGGAAAUUCAUAUAUAUUUUAUAGAAAACACAAACAAAAAUAUGCUUUAUUUUAGUCAAUCAAUAGAGAAUCACGUUUUCUUUAUAUUUUAUACUUAAGGAAGUAGUAUAAUUAGGUUUUAAAAAAGUUUCUAAUUAUGAGACUUUUUAAGACCGCGAUAUGUCCGUUCACAUAGCAUCGUACCCGGCGGUUUACCACUGCUCCUCAUGAAAUUAACAACAUGGACCGCAUCCAUUGCAAAAUUUUAUGGACUCUGUAUGAUAUCUCUUUCACGGCAUAGAAAAAUAUGUGAUUUUCUUUACGUGGACCGCACGCACCUUGCAGACGUAAAUUACUAAGUGCUAAUACAACGAAUGAUCAGGUUCCAAAUUAUUCAGCAAUUGGAAAACUUUUUUAAAACCUAAUUAUACUCCGUCCUUAAGUAUAAAAUAUAAAGAAGACGUGAUUUUCUAUUGACUGACUAAACGAAAGCAUAUUUUCAUUUAUGGGUUCUAUAAAAUAUCUUCGAAUUUCCAAGGCCAUCGAAAAUCAAUGGGGAAAAUGCAUGCUACUUAAGUAGUCAUUUUUUACCGAGUACCCUUUCUACAGGAGAUUAAAAAGAAGUGCAUUUAAAAGCCGAUAUCCUGCCGAGUCCGAAAUGUUAUAAGAGUAUGCCGCAAGAUAGUCAGUAUUACAACCGCGACCAAGUAAUCCUUCCUAAUCGAAAACGCAUUUCAGAAUUUCAGCCAACAUUUCAUGAGAUAGGUCACGCACUGUAUUUUCCCAUUUCGUUUAUCUAAUGCAAGCUGACUUUCUUUACUUUUCGUCAGUCAGAGUAUGAGAAAGCAUGACCAGAGACUUUCCUCACAUAUGCCAGCGAGGCACACGAUGAAAUUACAUAUGCCUCAGGAAAAUAAUCUCAGCGUCACGCUUAUAUGUCCUUUUCAUCUCUGCUUAUUUCCGGGGACUGUCUCAAAAUACAUUAUUUGCCACACAGUGGCCCAUCUGUUAACACAACUGCUCUCUAGCGGCAUAUGUUGCACUGCUUUCCGCUCAUGCCUUCAAAUUAUGUGCUUAAGCCGAGUUUUAACCGAACUUUGACGUGUUUUACUACUGUGCUUUGAGGUAAAAGACAUCCAAGCAGUUGAGAAUUCUUACGCGAAUUAGAUUGAAUUUCUUGAACAAAGUCCACUUCUCUUCCAUUGUCAACUGGCUUACGUUAACAGGAAGUCUAAAACUCGAUUGUCUCAAGGCAAAUACUCCUAACUCUUCUAUUUAAAAAAGGAUCACGUCAGACUACAUGCAUUUGUUUCAAUGGUUUUGUUGAGACAGGAAACUGACAUGACCAUCCGUGAUAGCCUUCUCUGUAGACGUACCCAUUUUACCCCUAACUGUGUUGAUGCCUGAAGUGCAAUUUUCGCAUAUUCGUAAAAGUACACAUUUUUCCAUUAGUUCAAUUUAUACCUUAGGUUAAAUCUUUAUAAAAGUCAUUUUCACGUAUCGUGUCAUAAAGGUGAGUAAAGCGAACAUGAAAAUACUAUACAGAAGAUAUCGGGAUUAUACAUACAUAAUUGUCGAUAUCAACUAGAAAGAUAAAGACCUAUUUAUUGCUAUAAAUAAUCUCCAUCCAAAGAUUAAAGUCACAUUUGAAAAGGGGCAGCGCAACAAGCAAUCCCUCAUGGACAUCCUCAUGAGAAGACAGGAAGAUAGUUCAGAAGACGAUCGGUCUUCCAUAAGGAUACAUGUGAAGGUCAAUACUUACAUUUCCUGAGCUUUUUACCUGUACAACGGAAACCAAACCUGAUGUACACUCGCUUCCAAAGAGUAAGAAACAUUCGCUCUAUUGAGACACUAGAUUCGAAAAUUAGUUGUCUUAAAUCAACCUUGCUUAAAUUUUGCUAUCCAGCACGUUCUAUCCAAAAGUACAGCAAUAACUUACGGCCAACGUUGGCGGAAUAAUCAGUCUCGGAAAGGUCCAUUGUAAUACCCUUACCAUCUUAGGGUGGCAACACUUCAAAUAACAUGAAACGAUGGCUGAGAUGUAUCAAUAACACUAAUAUUUCAGACUAUGCUUCCUUACAAUCCACAUGGCUUUGAAUUGAAUAUUAGCGUGGUGUCGAAUCGGCCUCGAUGGCCGAAAUGCCUACUGUCCUGUAUUCAGUCACAAUAGGAUCAGGAGUAAAAUGCGCGGUUUCCUGGAUUCAAAAUUAGUUACUUUCUGCACAAUGGCUCUCCGCUUCAAUGGCAUCUGGAACGAAUUGUUACCUUUAAAAACUAUGCUGUCUGCAAAACUGGAGAACGAUUUAACAAGUUAACAAACGAAAGUCCGUGCACUAAAAUAAAUAUACCUGAUUUUCUACAGCGAAUCUAACUGUUCGAGUUUUUUCUGUAUUGGCAGGGUAAUGGCUAUUUUGGUUUUCCAUCAGUUAGGGGUUUGCAAGCCCCAUUCACGUUAGAUAUCCUUCUUCUAAGCCCCUGAGUCUGUUCUGCUUACCCAACAAAUCUGUAAUUUCAUCAGUGGUUAUGCAUGUGUGCAUACUUGUCAGAUAGCCACAAUUGCAGCGUUAUUAGAUGGGAUUGAACCCGCGUCGGCCAGCGGGGCCUCGUAGUUCAGGUGGGUAGAACGUUGACUGUACUAAAACCUUCACCUUACCGCCGUGGGUUCGAAUCCCAUCAAGGCGCCGAGUUUUUCACGGUUGGGCUAAUAUGAAUUUUCUUAAUUUGUUUGUUUUUCACGCUGUUUUAUCAGAAGGGCAGCAUCUUGAGUGGUGACCUGUUAGAUUUGAUAAUCUCUAAUUUUUAUUGGUCAACACCAUCAUGCCACCUCCAUUUUUUUGUCAUUAUGAGGCCUCUGUGGUGCAUAUUAACCAAUCUAUUUCGACCAAGCAGUUAGUAAAUUCAGCUACGUUGAUAAAAGAUAGUCUGCACAUCUCCAGACGAUAUCCGUCUUUGGGCUUUUAGUCGUGCAUCUUAUACGCUUCUCGGUCUACACCUGUAGUACACUUUUAUCCGAUUUCUCUCGUUUAAUUUCGUUUCCACGUUCUAUCGAUUCGUUUCACUGCACUUGUGCUCCGCCUGAAACCUCCUCCGGAGAGUACCCAUCAUUACAGUAGGUGGGCUAAGUCAUUAAAUGUCAACCGAAAUUUCAAAAUGCGUUCUCGUAUCGAAAAGAUUAAUUAAGUAGGGUUGUAAAGCUAAUCCUCAUGCAGAAACUUUUUUGAAACCGAACUAUACCCUUCUUUCGAGUGUAAAAUUGGAAAAAAACUUGAUUUUCUGCCGAACAAAUAAAAGAAUGAAUAGUUUAUGCAUUUUUUCCGUGAAAUAUAAUUGAAUAUUUAAAGGCAUUGCAAAUCAGCGGGAAAAUUGUAUGCUACUUAAGUAGUCAGUUUUUCAGAGUAUAGUUAUUGCAUGCAGUCGGAAAUAAAUUCAUUCGAAAGCUGACACCCUGAGGUAACUGGAUCAUUAUAUUAUUAUGCUGCAUGAGGACUAGUUUUACAACCCUACUUAAUUAAUCUUUUCGAAACCAGAACGCAUUUCGAAAUUGCGGUUGAAAUGUCAUGAGUAAGCCCAUCCACUGUAAAUCAAAUUGGCCGCGUCCGAACACUGAGGCCCUCUCCUUCUGUCCGUUCUGUGGGCAGAGGUGCAAGUCGACUACCACUAUAAACCAACUCACGUACAAGUCACCGUGCCUGCUCUCAUCCUGCUGUGGAGCAUACGGUGUACAUCGUCGACAAUGGCGAUCGAACUGUCGGUGCUUUUGUAGUUUAGACGGAGACAAUGAACAGCAAGAGGUGUUCAUAUUUCGUCCGUGAAAUUGUUGUUGGUUCAGAGCUGGACAUACGAAUAGGCUCUUAUUUUAUAUCAGACCGGGGAAGCAGUGAAGUCUGGCAUAAGCGGGCAGCAAUUUAUGUGCAUUUUUCCAGGUCCGCCGCGACGUUCUUCUUCAUUGCCAACCUUCUGAAUUUAAUCUUUCCCCAGAUAAGGAUUAGAUUUGGAAGAGAGAGGGAGAUGGAGGGAUACUAGUGCCGCGCAAGCCCUUCAGAUCUGAAUCGAAUUCUUACGAGUCAUCUUCAUCACAGUCACCUCAAUCGCGAAGAACGGCAAUCUCCAGGUCUUUAGGUUGAGAGUUACCUCUCCAUCUAUAGAUGACCUAGCUUGAUCACUGAAAGUCGGCGAGCGGUCGUUGAAUUUGGCUGCUAGCUCUAUGUCACGAAGGAACCCUGCUCAGUUGAAUAAUAUAGACCCACUCAAUGGGCAUAGGUUGGAAAGUUGCCUCGAAGUUGAGCUACAUAACCUUUCCGUCAUCUGGUCGUGAUUUCUCUCAAGAGACCCCCAUCCUUCUGCCAAAAUGCUAAUGUUUGUUAAUCUAGCUGCCUUGGCUUCCCACUUUCCUUUAGAUGUCUCGAAGGUCAGUCGACAAGAAAGAACGGAAUGAACACCUGACCUGUAAAACUUAGAAUGCCAUUCCAUGAAAGGAACUUUGCCACAAAUACUGACAGGUAUAUCCUACAAGGUCAGACUACCAAUAUGUGAGGGAGACAUUUCUAAGAACAAAUGCACAUCCUGAUUGUUUCUACUUCGGAAGUAGACAAUAUCAUUCCUGUUGGAGACUUCAAAACUCGUGUGGAUACAAAACAUAUCCGGUAGAAGCGAACAGGCAGGUUUCAGAAAGAAGAAGAAGAAGAAGACGACGACGAUGAUGAUGAUGAUGAUGAUGAUGAUGAUGAUGAUGAUGAUGAUGAUGAUGAUGAUGAUGAUGAUGAUGAUGAUGAUGAUGAUGAUGAUGAUGAUGAAAAAGAAGCGAUCAGUGGAACAAGAAGUUUAUUGGCCUGA